AUGAACCGUGCCUUAUUCUCUCGUUUCUUGGCUCUUCGACGUGUUGUCUCCAUACAACCAAAGCGUCUUGGCUCUGGUGGUCAUCAUGAAGUAAUGAAUCCCGGCCCUCCGGUCACCCUCGACUAUAUGGCAGUGCCGUUCCAGCCCUACGCUAAGGUUCACGCCGAGUUGCAGUCGAAGUUCAACACGUAUCUCGCUAUCUCUGGCACAUUGUUCAUCGUGUCCAUUGGUCUUGCCUUCUACACUGACUUGUUCGCAAUGGAUUCCAUCACGAAACCGAAGAGCUAUCGAAACCGCCACAAGAAUAACUGA